AUGGUGCUUGUGAAAAAUCCAUCGCCUUCCCGAGGCGAGAGUCUUCAAAAAGAAAAUGCGAAGAAGGAUAAGGGAAGGAGUCGCGUGUCUCGCGGCAAUAGCCCGGCUGAUCAAGCUACCUCUAGGGGAAGUAGUCCAGGAAAGAGCAUUUCCGGUGUCAAAGUAGUCGGGAAAAAUAGCUUAUUACAGUCUCGUGGAAGCGAGACUGGUAGCAUCGAGAGGUUGGUAGACGGUGAUAAGAGAGUGAUCGCCACUAAGCAUCUGCUUCCAGAGAACAACAUAAAUGUUGUCGUCAGAGUUCGUCCACUUAGCAGUAAGGAAAUUAAGGCCGGCGACGAUAUGGCCGUGCAAUUUCCCGGAGAUGGACAGAUAUACUGUGAAGGAUUCCCGAGCAGCGGGGACAAGAAGGGCAAAUUAUUUUCGUACAACGUGGUGUUCGAGCCCACGGCCACUCAGGAGGACAUCUUACAAUUUUCUGGUAUAAAGAAGCUCAUCGAAAUGGCAGUAGAAGGGUUUAGCUGUACCGCGUUUUGCUACGGCCAAACCGGAAGCGGAAAAACUCAUACCCUCACGGGACCUCCAGAAAUGUUCGAAAGGAUGAAUCCUUACUCGGAGCAACACGGCUUGGUCUUCCGGUCUUUCGUCUACCUAUUUAAAUUGUUGCAAGAAAAACAGGAGUGUAACUUCGUGUUGAAAGCCUCCUUUCUGGAAAUCUACAAUGAGAAGGUAAUAGAUCUGUUAAAUCCUGGCACGUCGAGGAAACCACUGAUGGUUCGAUGGAGCAAAAAGACACGAGGCUUCUUCGUCGAGAACCUUUUCACUGUCGAUUGCGAGGAACUUGAUGACCUUCUGGCGGUUCUCGAAGAAGGAAUGAGGAAUAGAUCAGUCGGCUCGCACAAUAUGAACGAGCAUUCCAGCAGAAGUCAUAGCAUCCUCACUGUCAGCAUCACAUCUGAGCAACAGAUGGACAACGGUGUAUUUAUCUCAAGACAAGGGAAAAUCAACUUCGUUGAUUUGGCAGGAAGUGAAAUGACGAAGAAGACGCAGAGCGAAGGGAAAACUCUGGAAGAAGCUAAUAACAUUAACAAAAGUCUUAUGGUCCUAGGUUACUGCAUAGCUUCCUUGAGUGAUGGAAAACGCAAAGGUGGUCACAUUCCGUAUCGGGACAGCAAAUUGACUAAGCUUCUAGCCGAUAGUUUAGCAGGAAACGGUGUUACAUUAAUGGUCGCCUGUGUUUCGCCAGCCAAAUCAAACGCGAGCGAAACUCUGAAUACUUUGAGGUAUGCGGCAAGGGUGAAGAAGAUCCGAACGAAACCCAUCGUCGUAAUGGACCCUCGAGAAGCUCUGAUCCUCAGUCUGAAACGAGAAGUAGGAGCCCUUCAAACGGAAAACGAACAUCUGCGGGCAGCUCUUCAUUUGAGUGGUGACUCUUCAAAUAUAAUUCGUAGCGAAUCGAAAGCCGAGAAGAGGGUGCCGUUAACGCCACCGGUAGUAGACUUGGAUAAAUUGUCCGAAAUGGAACGACCGGAAUUAAGUCAGUUGAUUCACGCAUAUAUUACGGAAAAUGAAGCUCUUCGUCGAGAAAAUGCAGAGCUAUACGCAACAAGAGAGCAAGUGAUAAGGGACCAAGAACUCGUCUGCAGAGAAAACGAGAGAUUACUAAAGAAACUCGAAGAUGUUAACUCGUUUUAUUACUGCAGAGUGUGUUGUCGGUCGCCAAUCAUACCUGCUAGACCUACUUAUUCGGCGGAAGUCCUAAACGAUAAUGAGGACGUACCUGGAGCAACCAACGUUUGGACCAACCCUAAUGUGGAACCUACCCCUCUUUCAAGUGAUAUGAUUAGGCAUGGAUUGUACAGAUCGGCAAGUAAUAUGCCAGAAAAGAUACAAAAGGAACUGGACAAACGUAGAAUCGUUGGUAGUUAUAAUAAUAUAGCAGAAGCAUACAAAGAUAAAAGUCAUCACCGUCGGCACAAUUCGUGGGAUAAUGGAAAUGGUACAACGAGAAUGAGUCCGGAUCAAACAGUAUCACCGAUAGACGUUAAUCAGUAUAAAAAGGCGAGCAUACGUCGCACCUCUACAGUCCCUGAAGAACGAAGACCAUCAGAGACCAACGAUCUCUUAGGCGAACCGGUUCAACCGACUGAUCAUUCGUACAAUGAAUCCUCAGACUCAAUCCUUAGCAGUCCUCUGGAAAUGGUAAAUUCUACGCCGGAUACAGCUGAAUCAGAGGCGCCAACGGCGCCAUUUCCGGCAGUAUCGCAUAUGUUAUCGCGGUUCGGCACUCCAGAACCCGAAGACCAUGAAACGACACCAAGGAAAUCCAAAGAAAAAGAGGAUGAAACCACUCAAAGAGCGUUUGGUAGUCCAAUACCAAUUGACGAGGACAAGCCUCUUUGA